AUGGAGUUUAUCGUAGACGUUCAAGGUUUUAAAAGACCCUACAGUGACUUUGUCUUUAAAGAAUUGGCAAUACUUCCACUUCAGGCUGAUGCUCAACCAAUCGUCUACCUAUUUGAACCUCCGUGUAAUUGGAAUUCAUUGCCAGGACGCUAUAAAAGUGAAAAUCUUUGGCUUACACAUAAUUACCAUGGAAUUCAUUGGUCAGCUGGAGACGUUUUAUACGAUAAACUUCGUCCAAUUCUACAAGAUGUACUACGAGGUGCUAAAGUCAUCUACGUCAAAGGAUUAGAGAAGAAGACGUGGUUAGAAAAAUAUUUACUAAAUAUGCAAAAUUUAGAAGAUUUUGAUUGUCCAUCACUGAAAAAAAUUAAGUCUGAAUUGUCAACUACGUGUACUCAUCAUACGCUUUAUACUGAAAAUUGUGCUGUGAGAAAUGUAAAAAUUCUUCGUGAAUGGUUUCUGGAUCCUUCAAACGAGUAUGUAAGUAUUGUUUCUAAAGAAUUGACGCAGUUGAUUGCACUUUAA